AUGGACGGCGGAGAUGAACCCGAAGGAUCAGGGUUGGUUCAGAUGGAAAGCAGCAGUGAGGCUCGUACUAGUAGUGAUGGGGAAUGGAAAGAGGGUACUGGAGAUAGAGGGAUGGAGAGGGAAGAAGAGAGAGAGGAUUUUGAGAUGAGUGAUGACGACGAAAGGGACGGGAACGAUUUGACCGACGAGGGGGAGGAGGGGGAGGAACGGGAGAUACGUCAGGAAGGGGAAGAGAGAGACAUUAUCGAGUCUGUCUUUAGGGAGAUCCAUGCGUGGAAAGGAGAAAGCAGUGUUCAAAGGGAAGGGCAGGGGGGUGUUGAGGGUCAAAGGACGAGAAAGAGCACGGGGAUUAGCACAGGGAUUAGCACGGGGAUUAGGAGUAGCAGGCGGAAAGAGGGGGAUGGGGGUGGUUUGAGGGGAUUGGUGGGGGUGCGGAGAGGAGUGAGUGGAGUAACCAAGCCGGGAAUUGGGAGGACGGCCGGUGGAAGACGAAGGCUGGUGGACGGAUGGAUGGCAGGGCUGCCGGAGAAGUCAGAGAGAACAGCGAUUGAGAAGCCAAGGAGUAGAAGGAGGAGGAGGAGGCUGGUGGAUGGGUGGGUGGGCGGGCCGUGGGAAAAAGCCACAUCGGCGUUUCAGUGGGUAAACGAGGCGGGCAAUAAAGAGGAAAUUCUUGGUGUGGAGGCGGGCAGUAAAGCGGACCCGCAAAGAUACUACCAGUGGCAGUGGCCCGUGGAGAGGCUGGGCGCCAGCUGGCACGGCAUGUUCAUGCGGGGCGAUGCCGGGUACAACAUCAAGAACACCCCCUCAUGUCAAGGUAUCCUCCCUGAAUCAGCCUACGUCAACCUCCCCAUCUGGGGCUCGGACGCUGGAGUUUCAGAGCUGAAGCUUCUCAGCAAUGUGCAGCGCCAGCAGGAGAAGCAAAAUCACAAGCCCAUUCCUCAAGACCAACGGGAUUUCAUGCUGAAGGAGCGCUGGCUGAUUUGGAUGCCGCGGUUUGGGCUGGGGAACUCGCUGAGGGCGUACACCUCGUCGUUCAUCUUUGCUCUGCUGUCGGGACGGAGGCUACUGCGGUGGCAUGGGGGCAACCACAAGCAGGUCUUGGACCGUUUGUGCAAUGCAUUCCGCUGUGGGAUAGACGAGUUGCAGUACAAAGGGGAUAUCGGGAGGCAUGCAAAGCUCAUGGAUGCCCGGAAGCUAGAGCUCCAUGGCUUUGACUACAGCCCAAAUGUUGUGGCCGUUUACUCAGCCCAUCCGUUCUUGCAGCCCAUCCAUCAUUGGCAG